AUGUCAUCAACAACCUGGCAAAACAAAGUCACGACCCCGAUCCCCGCAGACGUCGACCCAUCGGCCAUCGUAAAAAUCCUGCACGACCACAGCUACAUCCUCUCGCUCAACACCAUCGUCACAUCCCACGAAAAAGUCCAACAAGAAGGCCCCCGCGAAAUCUACAACAUCACCGAGUCCAUCCCCAUCCUGCCGCCCAUCUGGAAGCGCAGCGUGACAUUUCAGGGGUCCUUUGAGAAUAAGGAUGACGGGGUGUGGACGUGGGUGACGGCGCCGAUGGGCGUGAAUAUGCAUGCCAAGUAUGUGGUGCGGUGGAAGGAGGAGGGGUUGGAGGGGAGUGGGAGCGGGUGGGCGUUGGAGGAGGAGAUUGAGACGAGGUGUAGUUUGUUGUUGAAGGGGUUUGUGGAGAGGACCAUGUUGGGGAGUCAUCGGAAUAUGCAUCAGAGGUUUAUUGAGAGGGCGAGGGAGCGGGGGGCGGGGCAAGUUGGAGAAGCGAGUCAUGCGCAGUGA